AGUGGAAACACUGCAUUUCUUCUAUUGCCAACUGUUCGAGCGAAUGAAUAAUGCGGAGUAUACGAAGCAUGCGCAGUAUCGUAGGGGCCACAUGUAUGAGCACGUGUUAUUCUGGGUUAUUCUGUGUCAUGGACAUACUCAUGUUUUAGUAAAUUUAGUUCAGUGUUCCUGAGUGUUACGCUUCCAACAUUCCUCCGACUUCCUUUGCUGUUCAUCCUUAUAUACGAUAUAUUGAAAGCAAUUUUGGCAAAAGUGUUGAGUUGGGAUAAGAUCCAUUUCCGUGUUUCGUUGCUAAAAAUGAUUGCACAUACCGAACGUUUGCCAAGCACGAGGGCAACGUGAGCCAAAACGUGACAUGUUGUGAAGAAAGAAGAUUAGUAAUUUUUGGAUCUUCCGAAAAUCCGUUAUUCGACGUCUGAGAAGAAUGAAUGCCGAAGGAGAAAAUCGUGUUUUGGAUGCAGAACAGUGGAGGUUAGAAGCCCAGGCAGUCAUCGAUGACGUGAAAAAUCACGUGCGUAGUUUCACUGUCUCCGAAAAGCUCCAGAGUACGAACCGGUGUGUUUAUUUAAACCUGACGACCCUUGAAGAUCUAAAAUUCUGUAUAGAACUUUCUGGAAACGGAUUUUCCAUACUUGGCAAACAGCAUGACGAUACGUCGGACAAAGGGGACGAGUAUUUCGAAACCCCCUACAGUUUGCUCAAUUUUUUGAGCCCACAGUACAGAGAUUCCUUUGCAAAUUGCUUACUUGACAAACUAAAUCAGCUGAAUGGAACCCAAGAUCAAGAACUUUGAUCUUUGAUCCACCGUUCUAACUCUAGUUUGAUAUUGACUUUAUUUAAAUGGUCUCGUUAUUUAUGGUUCGUGCACUUGCGUUUGUGUAAAAAGAAUGCUGUACUUUUUAUUUCUGGCGAAAUAAGUUAUUUUUGCAUUUCCUGACUAGUUUUACGUAUUUUUUAGUUAGUUUCCUUAUUUUUUUAGAACAAAUAUUUUGCUUUUUAAAGACCUGCUUAAUAUGUAACAUUUAUGAUUAGAUCGAUUGUCAUUUAGUUAAAAUGAAGGUUUCUAGUAAUUAAAUUUGAAAUUACAAUGACUUUCAUUUUUGUUACGAAUUAUUAGUAAAAAA